AUGAAUACAGCAAAUGCGCUCUAUGGACAAUGUUGUGGUUUUGGGCGCGAAUCGCGAUUUUUGGCUGGAAUUUUUACGCGGUGCUAUUUAAUUAUUAUUAUUGUUGGAAAUUGGAGGCUAGAGAGUGUGGAGAGUCGAGAGACGCAGAGAAAAAAGGACGAUUUUGUGAGAAAUGUCGGAUUUGGAAAUGUUGGCAAACUCAUCAUUGUAGUGUUUGUGAUAGGUGAGAAAAUUUGAAUUUUCUCAGAAAAUGAGGGAUUAUCAAUAGAGCGCACUUGCAUUUUUUCAAGCCUAGGCUUAUCUAGACUCAAAAAAUUCCAAUUUUCAGGCAAAUUUUUAAAUUUCAGAUGCAUUUAUCAACUAG